CUGACCUGUACCUUACCAUACAUGUAUUCUCUAACUCUUUAUAGCCUCUGCUAUGUAUCGGUAGGUAUAUCUGUCUGUCUAUCAACGCGUGGCUUCCUCUAAGCCUCUGAUCUCACUCUCGCACCGGCCAGUUCCAGAUCCAGCAAACUCUUGUUCUGCCAGUGUGCGACGGGGUUAUUUAAGCUAUAUAGACACAAUCAGUGGGUUGGUGUUAAAUGCCUAACUGUCUCACUGAAGUUCAUUGAUAUCAUAGAUGUUCGCAUGAAGGUGUAAAUGAUUAUCAGAGCUUCUAAUCUGCAAAGUAGCUCUCUGCUGUACAGGAGAGAACAAAUUCUACCCCACCGGAUUUGCUUUCUCUGAAUCUCUCUAAAGCAAAUGUUUCCACUCUCCCCGGCUAAGCCCUAUAAUGAAUUAUCAUAGCAGUCGUCUAUGAUAAUUCUGCCAAUGUAACCAUACCUGCUAUUAGUGGUGCACACUUUUCACACUUGAGUAGUCAACUACGGUCAAUAAGGCUGACUUUUCUCCCUUCGCAUAGUUUUUUCAAUUUUAAUAAUGGAACCUGAGACAUUGAAUGCUGCUCAUCAGACAAGCACUUUCCAGAGAUUUCUUUCUGCAGUUGUACCAGUUCUCUUUAUUACAAUUGGCUAUGUGGACCCCGGAAAGUGGGCUGCUGUUGUGGAGGGAGGAGGUCGCUUCGGGUUCCAUUUGACGCUCUUCUUACUACUGUUUAAUUUGGUUGCUAUCCUAUGCCAAUACUUGUCUGCUCGUGUAGCAGUGGUUACUGGUAGAAAUCUAGCCCAGAUUUGCAGCGAGGAGUAUGACAAAGUGACUUGCAUCUUUCUUGGAUUUCAAGCUGAAAUAUCUAUUAUAGCCUUGGACCUUUCAAUGGUUUUGGCAACUGCACAUGGACUAAAUGUCAUAUUUGGAAUCGAUUUAUUUAGCUGCGUCUUUCUGACAGCAACCAAUGCUGUUUUUUUCCCUCUUUUUUCUACACUCUUGGAUAUUAGUCUCGCAAAGUUCCUAUGCAUUGGCUGGAUGUGCUUUAUACUUCUUCUGUAUGUUCUUGGGGUGCUCAUAAGUCAACCUGAAAAUCCUUUCACCGUUGGUGAAAUGCUGACUAAACUAAAUGGAGAGAGUUCAUUUGCAUUGAUGAGUUUACUUGGAGCAAGUAUUAUGCCCCACAAUUUUUAUCUCCACUCUUCUAUUAUUCAGCAAGAACAAACAUCAAAAAGAAUUUCCAGGGGAGCACUAUGCCAAGACCAUUUUUUUGCCAUUGUCAGCAUUUUCAGUGGCAUUUUCUUAGUCAAUUAUAUGCUUCUAAACUUGGCAGCUAGCGCAUUCUACAAUACUGGUCUCGUUCUGCUCACAUUCCAUGAAGCACUGUCAUUGCUCGAUCAGGUUUUUGGAAGUUCAAUAACACCAUUUGUCAUGAUGCUAGUUAUGCUUUUCUCAAACCAAAGCAAUGCAUUAACAUGGGAUAUUGGAAGACAAGUUGUAGUGGAAGGUUUGUUUGGACUGGAAUUACCAGGCUGGCUGCAUCAUGCCACAGUUCGAGUUAUUGCUAUUGUCCCAGCUUUGUACUGUGUUUGGAAUUCUGGAGCUGAAGGACUUUAUCAGCUGCUGAUAUAUACACAGGUUGUAGUUGCUCUUGCUCUUCCAUCUUCAGUUAUCCCACUUUUUAGAGUUGCCUCAUCCAGAUCAAUAAUGGGCUUCCACAAGAUCUCUCACAUGCUGGAGAUAUUAGCACUUGGCACAUUUUUUUUUGUACUUGGACUCAAAAUCAUAUUCGUCACAGAGAUGAUAUUUGGAAACAGUGAUUGGGUUCACAAUCUGAAGUGGAACAUUGGGAGUAGCAUAUCGGUUCCAUAUGUUAUCCUUAUCAUUGCUGCAUUUGGUUCCCUCUGUUUGAUGCUUUGGUUAGCAGCUACUCCACUGAAAUCUGCUAGCUCUAGAUUCGGUACUCAAGCAUUAUUGCAAUGGGACAUUCAUCCCCACAUGCAUGAAUCAUCUCUUUUGGGGGUUGAACCUGAUGAUCCCAAUGUAUCUAUAUCUAAUACUUCAGUGAUUCCUUCACAUUUUCAGGAACCUGUGUUAGAAUUUGAGGAACCCUUCAGAAGUAGUCAUUUGGAUAUAUCAAAUCCAAAACUUCUUGAUUCAAACCUUCCUGAAUCUUUAUUGAAAUUCGAAAGAAGCUCUCAGCUGACAACCAUUGACGAGAUAACAUAUGCAAGAGAUGAUGUUGAUUUAAUAAAAAAUGCUCCGGAUAGAGUUUCAAUUAGUGAACCUCCAUCACUUCCUGCUGAACUGUUGGAAGUUGUAGAAGAGACAAAGCAGAUUGGAGCUUAUAUUCAGGAUGAUGACAAGGAUGAUGCGAUGGAAAUGUGGGAGCCUGAAGAAGCAACAACAAAAGAGAUGCCUCUAAAUGAUAAUCAAUCUUUGACUUUUGACAGCCCAGGAUCAUUGAAGAAUGCCAGUGAGAAAUAUGAUGAUUUAGGGAGUGGAACUGGAAGUUUAUCCAGGUUAGCAGGACUUGGUCGUGCAGCAAGGCGGCAGUUAACAACGGUUCUUGAUGAGUUUUGGGGGCAGCUUUUCGAUUUUCAUGGGCAGGUCAUACCGGAAGCAAAAUCAAAUAAAAUGGAUGUGUUGUUGGGGGCUGCUGAUUCAAAGAUGGAUCCAAAACCUCCUUCUGGAUCACUGAAACUGGAGAGCAUUCGUAAGGACAUCAAUACUGCAAUUCUUUCUGACUCGCUGAUUGGUUCAGACAUAUAUUCUCCCAAACAAAUGGGUCGGGAGUUUGCCUAUAGUGCUAAGGAACCGUCUUCUUUGCGGCUCAGUCACAUGAAAAUGUUAGAUGCCUACAGCGCACAAAGCUCAAUCCAUAGUAAUAAUAAUAACAAUUGUCCUGAGACUAGUGAGAGGCGAUAUUCUAGUAUGCGCAUUCCAGCUUCAUCUUCAAACUUUGAUCAACAGCCUGCCACAGUUCAUGGAUAUGACAUGUCAUCAUACCUUAACCAAAUCACCAAAGAAAGGUAUGCCGAGUAUUUGAACAGUCAACAAAAGGAGUCUUCACCAAUGCCAAAGUCAAACUAUGUGGAGCAAUAUGCUUCUGGUGGUGUUUACAGGCAAAAACCGCAGAACAUCUCGAGCACUAGAGGACCACCUGGCUUCACAAAUGUCUCUAUGUCCAGAAAUAAAUCAUUGGCGCAACCUGGGAAAUUUUUAAAUGAUCUCUACCCUACGACUGGAAAUGGUGGUUCAGCUAGUACAAAGAAAUAUUACAGCUUGCCAGACAUAUCAGGGCUGUAUAUGCCUAAUCGUAACCCUUCACCGUCACAUAGGUUGGAUAGCUCAGUGGGGGGAUAUGCACAGUCAUUAUAUGGCCAAACCUACUCUCGCCCUCCAGGAUUCACUCAACUCUCUCCUUCCAAAGUGUGCAGAGAUGCUUUUUCAUUGCAAUUCAGUUCAAACCCUGUCAACGGUGGUGGGUCCCUGUGGUAUACACAACCCUUUGAGCAAUUUGGUGUGGAUAAGAGUGGUGGUGGUUCGGGAGGUAUGCAGAACUCUUCAUCUACAAAAGAAACCACAUCAAUAUUGAACUUGGAGGCAAAGCUACUUCAGGCCUUCAGGAGUUGUAUACUGAAGCUUUUGAAGCUUGAAGGAUCUGAUUGGCUGUUUAAGCAAGAUGAUGGGGCCGAUGAAGAUCUCAUAUCUUUUGUUGCUGCAAGGGAAAGGUUUUUGUACGAGGCUGAAACUAGGGAGGCAGUGGUGAGCAGGCUUCCUAAUGGCGGUGGUGGUGGUGGUGGUGGUGGUGGGGAAUCACAACCUAACAACACUAAACAUAGCUCAGCAGAUUCUGCUAAGUUCUUGGUGAUGUCAGUUCCUCAUUGUGGAGAAGGCUGUGUUUGGAGAGCGGAUUUGAUUGUAUGCUUUGGGAUUUGGUGCAUUCACAGGGUUCUUGAGCUCUCACUCAUGGAAAGCCGACCAGAACUUUGGGGUAAAUACACCUAUGUUCUCAACCGUCUUCAGGGCAUAAUUGAUUUGGCAUUCUUCAAGCCCCGUUCACCUAUGAGUCCUUGCUUUUGCCUUCAACUCCCUGUUGGCCAUCAACAGCAGCCCACCAUGCCAAUUUCAAAUGGGGGUUUGCUCCUACCUGCUAAACAGAGCCGUGGAAAAUGCACAACGGCGCCAAUGCUCUUAGACUUGAUAAAAGAUAUUGAGAUAUCGAUUUCCAGUCGAAAGGGUAGAACAGGUACUGCAGCUGGUGAUGUGGCUUUUCCUAAAGGAAAAGAGAAUCUGGCUUCGGUGCUUAAACGCUAUAAGCGUAGGUUAUCAAACAAGGCAGUAUUGGCUUCUCAAGACGGGGCCCGCAAAAUGCCAUUGUAGCACCGUUUUCGCACAUUUCUCAGAGCAGCAGCGAGAAUAUAAGUGUACCAAUGCUCUCCUAUUUAUUGUUUUCAGUUCCACAAUUUCAGGCUCCGCUUGGCUCAUUUGCUAUGUAAUCCAAGUUUCAUUUGUAUGGUGACAACUCUUCUUUUUGUACGGAAUUCUUGUAUUCUUGUAUGCACAUGCAUACAGACCCCCGCAUCACACACACAAACACCACCGAAAAAGGAAAAAGAAAAUUAGUUUUGCCGAGAAAGGGGAGGAAUACUGAUGUUCAUAUUGAUGGCUUCUGCUAAUGCUAAGUCAUGCUUACUGAGCUAUCUAUCUAUUACAGUAACAUUGUAGAAGGUUGAUUGUUGACCAGAGUUACAUAUAUUCUCC